GUCGCAACAACAGAUUUCUGCGAAGAAGCAGCAAGAACUGCAGGUCCAAUAUUCGAACUACAAGGAAACCCUUCAAGCCAUAGCACAAAAGAUUGGUGAUAUUGAGCAAGAGGUCGAGGAACACAAACUAGUGCUCGAAACGCUUGCGCCACUCCCUGGUGACCGCAAGUGUUUCCGCAUGAUCAAUGGCGUUCUGACCGAGAGGACGGUGAAGGAUGUUCUUCCCACACUGCAGACAAACGCAGAAGGCUUGAAGAAGGUGUUAGAGGAUCUGGUGAAUCAGUACACGGGAAAGCAGACCGAGAUGGAGAAGUGGAAGAAGAAGAACAACAUCCAAGUUGUGCAACAAUGAACCAGCCCCACAUAUGCUGACAUGUCUAAACUCUUGCAAGUCCGUACGACCACGAAGUCAAUCAGUCGGGCCGUGGGUCUUGCGCGCGAGGGAACGAUCUGAUGUGGGAUCCCGCUCUGCGUGUUAUGCAGAAUUGAUACCCGCAAACAACGUCACACAGAAGGUCUCAUACGUACUGGUUCCAAGGCGGAUGCAAUGGUCGCAGCGCAAGGACGCAGUUCAACAGAUGAAGCGGGCAGUGGAUGCUGCUGGAAUUGGAAAAGUGGGAAUGCUUCAGGAAAUGGCAUGUGAUAGUCCGCUGCACAGACGGGCCCAACAUGUUCGAUUUGGCUCCUGCGAUACCAUGGAUCAGUAUGGAGUUUGGGAGCGUCCGCUCUGAGGGCGUUGUGCAAUCGAGUCUCGAUGAAGAGAAGCAGCGAGACACUCUAGACUCUGUUACAGGGCAGUCUCGCAAGUAUGCCCCACGUGAUCCCC